UUAGAAAAGGGGCGUGGUUUACAGUCUAGCUGUGUGCCAAGAGUGCCACCUAGUACUUACCUCUGCCUAGUACCUAUUAGGUACAUCCCGCCGCAUAGUUGAUCUUCACACGUACACAAUGGCACACCACCACCAUUGCCAUGGGGAACAUGAUCAUGAUCAUGCUGAAGACCCUGCUAUGCUCUACAGCCUCUACCAGAAGAUUGACACAGAGAAGCUAGAGUGUUUGAACGAGAGUGAGGAGGGGUCUGGUAAAACUGUGUUCAAAGCCUGGGACGACAGACUAGACAAAACUAAAUUUGUGGAGAGCGAUGUUGAUGAGGAGCUUCUCAUUUAUGUGCCUUUCACGGGCAGUGUCAAGUUGAAAGGAGUAGUUUUAAUUGGAGGAGAAGACGAGUAUCACCCUAGAGAGUUGAGGCUAUUCAAGAACAGACCCCCUCUGGGUUUUGAUGAUCUACGGGGAGAGCCUGAUCAGUCAAUACAGCUGUCUAGAGACACUGCAGGCACUCUCGAGUACCCAGUCAAGGUAACCAAGUUCAAUGGAGUAACCAGUCUACUGAUGUACAUUCCUUCUAACCUUGGGGCUGAGACAACCAAAAUAUACUACAUUGGCCUUAGGGGAGAGUUUGCUCAGGCCCAGCGACAAGGAAUUGUGAUAACCUCAUAUGAAGCUCGACCAAACCCAGCUGAUCACAAGACCAGUGACUAUAACCCAGUUGGUGGAUUUGUUUCUUAGCUAUAAAUUCUCUUACAGUUGUAAAGCAACAAGUUGUGUGCGUUUAGUAAUAUUAUAUAGUCAUAUAAAGCAGUUAUUUCUUGAUGGUAACGUUUGUGUACAUGUA